AUGACAGAACUUUACUAUCAGCUUGAGAAACAGGGACAUCGGACUCCUGAGGUAGAUGCGAUAGUAGAAGCGUAUGGUCUACAUAACUGGGAAAAGAACUCUAAUCACCAUCCUAGUCGGAAUGGCAAGCAAAUGAGAGAACGAUGGCUGUCUCAUUUAAAAGGAGUCAACAAAAAAGCGUUCUCAGAUAUAGAGGUUGCCACUGUUUAUUAUCUGCAUGACGUAGGAAAGAAAAGAUGGUCAGACAUUUCAAAACAACUUGAAAACGGACGUACGGCAAACUCGUGUAAAAACGUUUAUCACAAUAUCGUUCACAAGAAACUUGCUAAGAAUUAUGAAAAAACCGCUCGUGAAUAUAUAAAGCUAUAUCUUUCCACGAAAGGGUUGUCACACCAGGUGUCGUCAGUAGAGGGUAAGGUAACAAUGGGCUUUAAUAACUUCAAAGAGGCGGAAGCUCUGAGUAAGCAGAAUUCUUGGAAUAAAGUGAAAUCGGCAUUAGACAAAUUCGGGAAUAAAGUGAACUUGGCAGUAGACGAAUCCGAGAAUCAAAUAAACUUGACAGUCGUUAAGUCCGAGAAUCAAAUGGACUUGGCAGUUGACGAAUUCUGGAAUAGAGAAGACUUGAAAGCUUAUUCAUGGCAAGUCUUACAGACCGACUUUGGAAGUCUCGAGCAGAAAAGA